AUGAUUCAUCACAGUGAGCCACCUCGCCCGUCUGUGCAAAAUGCAAGAGCGCCUCAGAAAGUUCGCGCUCCUCUUUCGCGGGGGCGUCACCAGCGACACGGUCCAACCGUGCCGUCACUGGAUCGCGGGGCGUACCAUCUGACUCCUCUGGACCGCGCCCUCGCUACAGUAGCGGCUCCGCACUCACCAGCCCCGGCGCAGACGACGUCGCCUCCUCUUGUUGUGUCCUCCGUUUCUCCUGCUCGCCAGCUGGUGUCAAGUGAUGCUGUCACCGGACAGGUCCAGAUGUGGCCCGCCGUGAUGUCGUCGCGUCAGCGCCGUCGCCAGGUAGCGCUUAAGUCGAAGACUCCAUUGGCGUUGCAACUGGAGGCGUUCGUCCGCCGCGAACACCAGCAGUACCUACGCGAGCACCCGUCGUGUUCUAGAGCAGAUUGUCUGCACAUCUUCCGUGAAGUGAUGAACACGUUUGUGAACCACUUCUCCGAGUACAAGGGCAUUCUCUCCAUCAUUCGCGAUGAGUACGACGCGGCACUAAACGAAAUGUCUGAGAGGGUGAAGCAGAUGCAGGUGGAGUACCUUGAGAGCCAAACCGACCGGGAGAUGCACGCUAUGGAGAUCAUUCAGCUGAAGGAAUCCAUGAAUGCUACAAUCAGCAACCAAAAGGCGCAGCUCAGUGCUGCCCAAGAGCUCGUGCAUGCCAUGCGUGAUCAGGUCGCAGCGGCCGAGCACGCGAACACCUUGCUGACCUUGGAGAUGGAGCAGAAACGAAAAACGCACAUUGAAGCGCAGCAGCAAGUCAAGCUGCUGUCGAACGCAAUGAUUGAGGAGAGCUCGCGCACAGCUGCAGCGCGCGACGCGACGCGCAAGAUGAAGAAAGAAAGUCAACUUCAGGAGGCGCGUAUCAAGGUGCUGAAGGAGCAUGUGGCAGAGCUGGAGGAAUCCCUGAAACGGCAAACAUACGCGCAGAUAGAAGGCCGCCAACUCUCAGCCGACACUGGUGCGGUAGCGGUUGACAUGCGCGGAUCAUCGCCGCAAGCCAAUUGGCCUCUUCAUGAAGGAAGCGACGUGAAAGCUGGCACCUAUUCAAGCCAGUUUGUCACUCAUGUGCUUGCGCGCAUCGAUGCCCUGGAGAUGAAGCUGACCAUGGCCGCGAAAGAAGGCACGGCAGCGCUUGCAGACGCACCCUCCCUGCUUGAUGCAGCGAUUCACCCUGCCUCUGUGUCAAAUCUGGAGGGCGCCUCCCCGGCAGCGAGAAACUCAGCGGAUGCCGUGUUUCCUGUUAUACGGGAGUGGCUGCAGCGAGAGGGUGUCGGCGAGGCCGAGGUCGAGCCGACGGAUGUCAUUGUCCCGCCGGGUCGAAACCCUAAGGAGGUUAUGGGCUUUCUCUCCGCUACGCUGCCUGUCAAGCAUCGUCACCUCUCCUUACAGGUGACACUCCAGCUGAUGGAGUCGCUGUGGACUGCGCGGGCGCAAGCUCUGGACUCGUUACGACUGCCGCAGUUUUUUCUCGAGUGGCUGCAAACGCAGGCAGGCAACCCCAAGGAGGCAAAGGCACUCGGCGUUAACCUAUUGGACACAUGCCAGCAUAACAUUCACCACCCCGACUGCCGCGCUCUGCUCGCCGUGCUGAAAGGUUUUCUUCCAGAGGAGCUGGUGCACAUGUGUCGGCGCCGCCUCGCGCAGCUCCGCUUUUCCACCGCGAAAUCCACCGCUACGCUUCACGACAAAAUGUCAUUUGACGCCUUCUUUGCGGAGGUGCGUGCUGUUUGCCCAGAGAAGUCGUUGGCCAACAUGCUGCAUCUGCGCUUCACCGUCUUUCGCAGAAGAAACACGGCGGGGGAGGUGGAGCUGAGCCAUGUGCUCUCCGAAGAUUCCUACUUUGUGACGCUGUUCAAGUGGCAGUGGGUGCAGGAAGUGGAGGCCUUCACGCUGCGCGUAGUCGAGGGCAUCCGGGAUGAAGGCGACGAGAAACGGAACAUUGUGGCCCUUAACAAGGCGACGCGCCUCCUGCAACGGCUCGACGCGGCGCUGGGUGAGGCGGUCUACACCUACGUUUCACUUGCAUGUCAGCGACCCGUCAUUGAUGUUUCCACCGCCGAAGGUGUCACGGUCCCACUGAACGCAAUGUUGCUCCGCUUUCGCUCCUCUGUGUUGCUUUAUCGCCGGAGCCCCGAGGAUGUCAUGGAUACCUGA